AUGUCUUACAAUCAAGGAGGAUACGGCCAGCAAGGAGGAUAUGGUCAGCAAGGUGGUUACGGCCAGCAGGGAGGAUAUGGCCAACAGCCCCAGGGCGAGGCUAGUGAAUACUACAACCAAGGUCAGAACAACAGCUAUGGCCAACAGCAGCAACACAUGGGCCAGCAACCAUAUGGCGGCGGCCAGGGAGGUUAUGGCCAGGACCCUUCUCAAUACCAGCAGUACCCCAGUACAGCAGCGCACUCUUCGAACUCAGGACGCAACUCGCACAAUCAAGGCUUCCAGAACCAGUAUGGCGGUGAGGGUGACCCAGAGGGUGACCGUGGUAUCAUGGGUGGCAUCGCCGGAGGUGCAGCUGGUGCUUAUGGUGGACACAAGCUAGGUGGUCAAGCAGGCCAUGGCGUUGCAGGCACUGUCAUCGGUGCCUUGACUGGUGCAUUUGCAGGACACAAGACACAAGACGCAGUAGGUGACUGGAAGGAUGAGCACGACGAGAAGAAGAAGUGGGAAAAAGAGCAGGAGGAGCGAAUGAAGCGCGAAAAAUACAAUCAGCAGCACCACGGCGGCCCACCACCUCAACAUCACCGCCGUCGCAGCAGCAGUUGCAGUUCCCGAGGUUCCCGAGGUGGUGACCGUUCCCGAGGUGACGAGCGUGCUCGAGGUGACUUUGGUGGAAACUUCACCACUUCGUCCAACGACGUUCGCCUCGACACUCACGGUGACUACAAUCUGCACGCUCAGUGCCGCCGCACAGAUGGCUCCUACCAAUCUAGCACUAUCAGUCUGAACAAAUACAUCGAGAACGACAAUGGCAGCUUACGCUGGUCUUCCGGCAGCAGCCACGGCGGCUCGACAUACACUGUCCAACAGGGUGACACACUCCGAGCCAUCGCCGACCGCUUCUCCCACUGCUCAUACGAAGAACUUGCCAGACACAACAACAUUAGCAACCCCGACCAAAUCUGGCCUGGUCAGAACUUACAGGUUCCUGGCGGCGGCGGCCGUGGCGGCGGUAACUUCGGUGCGUCGGCGCGAAAUGUAAGAUUGGCGCGCGGCGGACAAGAGCUCGAGGCUGAGCUUGCUCCAUCGUGGCACACCAGUACUCUGAAUUUGGAUGAGAGAAUUGGAAACAAUAACGGAUGCUUGCAGUUUGUCUAG